UCUCCGCUUAGCUUUUCCUUUUAUCUGGCCAGUUAGGCAGCUGGCAGGGCUCUGUGUGGAGGACGGAGGGAGGGUGGAAGGGUGAGCUGUCAGAGGUACUCCCGGACAGGUUGGUCCAUUUACCUCGUCUUCCUGCCGAGCCCUGUCCAUCACUGGGAUACAGCUGCCUGCAUCUUGUGGAUUUAUCUCUGUGUGAGUGACACCUGGGAAGGCGAGGGAAACCUGAGCAGAGAGGCAGGAGCCCCCCCCCCCCCUGCUCCGUCCCUCCUGUGUGUGUGGAUGACCUGUGCUCGUCUAGCCUGCUCCUGAGCACCAUGAACAAAAUGAAGAACUUUAAAAGGCGUUUCUCUCUUUCUGUUCCUCGCACUGAGACCAUUGAGGAGAACGAGUUCACUGAGCAGAUCAACCAGCUCAACAUACGGCACACUCAGGGCCUGACCCCAGACAGGCUGGAUCCUCCAUCUCAUGAUGCCAGUCCGGUGAGCCCUGAACCAUCAACACCAGGAGCUCAGUCUCCGUCCCAUCUCCACUAUCACAGCAAGGCCCAGCACAGACGUUUCUCCAUGGAGGAUGUCAGUAAGCGCAUGUCUCUGCCCAUGGACAUUCGUCUGCCUCCAGAGUUUCUCAAGAAGCUGCAGCAGGAGAGUGAAAACUCACCGCUCUGCAAACCUCUCAGUCGCAUGUCUCGACGUGCAUCACUGUCUGACAUAGGUUUUGGGAAACUGGAGACAUACGUGAAGCUCGGCAAACUGGGUGAAGGGACGUAUGCCACAGUGUUCAAAGGGCGAAGCAAACUAACAGAGAACCUGGUGGCGUUAAAGGAGAUUCGGCUGGAGCAUGAGGAGGGAGCGCCUUGCACUGCUAUCAGAGAGGUGUCUCUACUGAAGAACCUGAAACACGCCAACAUCGUCACACUGCACGACAUCAUCCACACCGAGCGCUGCCUCACUCUGGUGUUUGAGUAUCUCGACAGUGACCUUAAACAGUACUUGGACAACUGUGGGAAUCUCAUGAGCAUGCAUAACGUCAAGAUCUUCAUGUUCCAGCUGCUGCGUGGUCUAUCCUACUGUCACAAGAGAAAAAUCCUCCACAGAGACCUAAAGCCUCAGAACCUGCUCAUCAAUGACAAGGGCGAGCUCAAGCUGGCUGACUUUGGUCUGGCGAGAGCCAAGUCCGUCCCCACUAAGACCUACUCCAAUGAGGUGGUAACUCUAUGGUAUCGCCCCCCUGACGUGCUGCUGGGCUCCACAGAAUACUCCACACCCAUCGACAUGUGGGGCGUGGGCUGUAUCCUGUAUGAGAUGGCAACUGGUCGUCCUAUGUUUCCUGGUGCCACAGUAAAGGAGGAGCUACACUUAAUUUUUAGGCUCAUGGGCACUCCAGUAGAAGAGACUUGGCCUGGUAUCAGCAGUAAUGAGGAGUUUAGGUCUUACCUCUUUCCUCAAUACAGACCUCAAGCUCUCAUCAACCAUGUACCCAGGUUGGACACAGAGGGGAUGGACCUGCUGUCUGCUCUGCUGCAGUAUGACACCAGGAGCAGAAUCUCCUCUGAAGCUGCUCUACGACACCCCUACUUCCUGAGUCUGGGGGAUAACAUACAUAAUUUGGCAGACACUGCUUCAGUGUUUUCCCUCAGAGAGGUGCAGCUCCAGAAGGACCCAGGCCACCGCAGCUCAGUGUUUCAGCCCUUAGGUCGAGGAAAGAACCGUAGACAAAGCAUCUUCUAGACGUCACAGAGGACGACCAGAGACACGCAGAAAAGAGGAGCUCCCAUCUCAGACCACAACGCAAAGGCCGACACAGCUCAGUACAUCAACAAGCAUGCUCACCUACGUGCACACGCCUGCAUGCACACAAAAAAAAACUCAUGUGCACUCACUCAUUUCCAUGGCAGCUGACCAUGGGGACACAGGGUUUCAGGAAAUAAACUUGUACUGCACUUGAAAUGACUGAGCUGCGAUACACUCUCCUUCCACAGACAUUUGCACAAUCAGCAACAUGCUCCGGUGAUUUAGUUAAAGUAGGCCCCUAAAUAAACUGCUCUGCUCUCUUAUAGUGUACACAUGUACGCAAGCUUGUUUAAUUGCCAUCCAGAGCACACCCAGGGCUCUGGCCAUCUAAGGUAGCAGUUUAAAGUGAAGUCUAAUAGUCAACUUGUUUCCAAAUUUUGCAAAAUGUUUGGCUUACAGGCUUGUCUCUACACCAAAAUGUAGCUUAAAGGUACACUCUCUGAUUAUGUAUUAUAAAGGAGGCGCUCCUGGUUGGAAGCAUCCAGUGGUGCCUCAGCGUCAUAAAAUUUCCUCCCAGCUCAGCAGUGACAUUCUGGGAUUUGUGGCACUUUCAGGGCCAUAACCGGGAUGAUUUGGUCAACUGUUCAUUUGCUCAUUGUGCACAUUUUAUUUCAAAGCCUGAAAGUCUAAAUGGCAAUUCAAAACCUUCUCAGUAUUGCCAGGAGUAAAAUUCUGCUUGAGAAAUGCUGAAGAGGUCAUUUAUUUAUUAUCAUUUUGACCUACAAAUAGUCAUAUUGAAUCUAGCAUUACUGGAAUCAAUUUAUAAAAUACACCAAGGUUGCUAAAGCCUGCAAAUUCAAAAAGAAAACGGUAACGGAGGCUAAUCAUGCCACAGAGCUAAUAAGAUGGCAUAAUUUAAACUAAAUCAGACUCAUCCAUGCUGAAAUGAUUACAUCCCUGUCAAAAGAGUCACCAUUUGGCAGCUAUGGGUACGUUAUGUCAUCUGGCAGUCUUGAAGUUGUACAUAUACAAGCAGUCAGGGCGUUGAAAUAGUAGCAGCACACUGUUCAUUCACAGCACCUCUACUCACACGUAACAAACAAUGAACCGACUCUGACGCCAUCAUAAAGAGGAAACUCCAGUGCGAAAUGGGUUCGCGUCGACGGACUUGCCUUGCUAUAGCGCCCCCGUGUUUUAACUCAGCGUGAGGUUUUGUUCCACAGUGUUAACAGCUGGCUUGACUCCAGUUUUGAAGUUGCCUUAGUAAACUGUGCAUGAUAUUUUGGCUUGUGAAGAAUCUAUAUUUGAUCUUGUGUAGCCAAUGUGUUAGGAGGCGUUGCUUUGUGUGUGUAAAUAACUCUAUGAGUAUAUGUAUUUCUUAGUCUCCUAUUUGCACAAACCAGAAGUGUCCUCUGAAGCCUGCUCCCUUCCCUUUGUGUCUUAUCGUACAUGGUUCCAACAUAUGAGCCCUAUAUUGUUCCAAACCCCUUAACCCUAGACCCAUAACCUGCGAAAGUAUGAUCUACAAGUACUUUCUAGUAGCAAAUUACUGUCAGUUGGACUCACCACUGUCCUUAUAUUUUGCACAGCUCUCUUUCAGCUUUUGCAAGGGAGCAGUUUUUGGCUGCAGGACAACAACAGGCAGUGCAUACAGUAUAACUUUAGAAAAUAUAUGUAUCUGCAGAAGUGAAACUUCUACAUCUUCCUUAUCUAAUGUCUUUCACAGUUCCCUUGUGCCUGGGGUCACAGGUUAUGCUUAUGUCGUAGAAGAUGAAAUGAUCUGCAGACACAAAAAAUGAUGGGGGCUUGUGGCCAAGCUCCAGCCUCCUCUCUCUGACACCUUGACUCCCUCUCCAUCUUCUCUCUCUUUGUGCAGUGCUGCUGAGAUCCAGCAGAAAAGAAAUGCUGAGGGAAUGUUAGCCAAUGCAAGGGGGUUUUAAUGACUGGUGAGGUAUGAUCAAGGCUGUCUGUCAAAUUAACAGUGCGGUAUGGUCUGUGUGCAAUACGGUAGUGGUUUCCCACUGCCAUCAUUCCUCCGGUGGUAUGCUUGAAACAAACCUGAUCAUAUGUUUGCUGCUCCAAGCAGCCACAUUUGAAAGUGGGGGCGAUGAGCCUGCCGUCAGUGAGGGGGGUGAGAUGUGGUAAUCGCUCAAAUGGGGACAAAGGAACACAGUCUGCUUUUGAAGGCAUCCAUGGUGUUCCAGUUGUUUCUAGACACAAGGAAUGACAUAUAAUGAAGUAGCUGUGUAAUGAAAAUAAGAGAGAGAGAAGUUAAAAUCUUACAUACUCUCUCAUGCCCGCACACCUGCUCAGUCGCUUGUUGUAAAUUGGAGAUGACUUGUCCAGUUGGGGACAAAAGCCAUGUCUCCAAAUGGGAAAAAUGUGAUUUUUGGGUCAGUGGGUAAGGGUUAAGGUUAGGGUUAGGUAAGUAGUGGUUAUUGUUAGGGUGUCAUAUGUGGAGGACCAACUCCCUCAGGUCGGGAGUCUUCUAAAGGACAAUGGUCACUACUUUGAGGACAGUAAUAUGAACAGAUGUGGACACAUGGUUUGACAGAGUACUGAAGGAUGCACUUACAGUGCUGUCCUGAUAUCCCAUUCACAGUCAGUCACUUCAGAAGUGACGUGCUAUUUGGAUCGUUGAGAAGCAAACGAAACCCCCUCACCCACACCCGUAUGAUGUCAGAAUUGAUGGGGUCCAACAAACUUCCUGAAACUGACAGUCUAACAUGCACCCCACUUCAUGCAGCGAUUGGUGUCCAAAUGACUGUUCGAAAGCGUGCAUGGUCUCCCCAGUUGUACAAUUCAGCAUAUAUCAUCCCUCUCUAUGACUGGAGAUUUUUCUUUUUACCCCGCCAUCGAAUGUGGCAUAUGAACACUUUUGCCUUUCAAUGCGGUUGGACAGCAUUUUUUACUUCAUUUCAAGCAUACCUCAGCUUUUAGAGUGCAGUCAUGGCAUCCUUUCCAAGGCCGUUUCAGGCCCAUUCACACCUUGACUCAUGACUUCAAGGCCCCAAGGCCUCUUGGCUGAUGCAACAAAUUUGAAACAUUGCGAUCUGCUCCUGUGCAUGGCUCCAUGCUGAUGAUUGGCUAAUUGGUCUGUGGUACCCUGACCCAUUCGUUUUCUGAUUUCUUCGAAAAGCCACUGCUAAUUAGAUAAUCAAUAUAUUUAUAAAGACCAAAAAAGAAAAAAAGCGAGAAGGAGACAAACAACGGUGAUACAGCCACUGUGAAAGUUAACUAAAAACAUUCAUGUUCUGCUUUUGCUGCUGUCUUUUUCUGCAGCAGCCUUCCUGUGUACUGCAGUAGAUCGGUUCACAUCGUCACUACAGUGUCAGAGAGUAAUGACAAGUCUGGAUGAUACUGUGGCUCACAAGUGCGUACACAUUAAUCGUUGUGGGCAGUGUGCAGAUCACGGCUGCUGCUCACCAUGCUGAGAGGGUAAUUACUCUCACUGGUGUCAAAUGCUCCUCGUGUGAAUUUAGUGGCUCUCAAUGUGUGGACACAAGUCUAAAGCAGUUGUCUUUGAUUUAACACUUCUAGAUGAUUUGAUCCACAGAAUUUGGACCCACGAAAAGUCGUUAAGUAAGAGCCAAUGACUGAUGGCUUGAGACUGUUCAGGGAAGACAGAGGUAAAGAAGCUAAACGGUAACCAGAAAGUUGUUGGUUUGACCCUCAAAAGAAAGGUGUGUUCAAGUGCCCGUUAGCCAAGCACUGAACCCCUAAAGCACUCCAGCACCAGACUGGUUUGAAGAGUUAUAUACAUGCAGAUAAGAGGUGUUUAUGUUUGUGUAUGAGUGAAGAGAAAAAUGCUAGUGAAAGGUAAAUGGCCGCUGAAAGUUUUUCUACCUCUAAAAGUGAUCGAAGCUGAUGGAAGGAUUAGUGCGACCAUCCAACCCUCUGUUCACCUGCCAGUGACCGCAAGCAAAGGUGAAGGCAACAAGGAGAGAAAUCCAGGGCAAACCUGCGGGUACUUCAGAGGGAUGUUAGACUUCCAACCUCCCCCACUCCUUCCCUCAGUGGCAGAAGUAUUACUGUGUGUUUUAGUUGUGGUAAAUGAAGCUAUUUUAAAUACUGUAAUGAAAAUGAAAUAAUAUAUAUAUAUGUAUUUUAACAGAUGUUUUCAUCUUUCUCAGUGAGUUUUAUGCUGUUAAAAUAUAGAGCAAUGUAUUUAAAGUAAAAGAGAGAAAAAAACUGCAGACGAUGUCUAAAUGUUUUAUAAGAUAAGUUUAGAUUUUGUAUAAGAUGUGAUAUUUUGUGUGAUUUGUCUACACUGUUAUAAAAAAAUGAAUGUACUGUGACUGCCAACUGGCAUACAUUGAUUGAAUAAUUGAAUUAAUGAAUAAAUAAACUAUUGAA